GCCACACGGCCGGACGGAAGGGCAGCAGAGAGGGGGGCUCGCGCGGCGUCCUCGUCGGCGUUCUCGUCAGCGUCCUCCUCGGCGUCCUCGUGCUGCGCGUGUCGGUCCGGUGGCAAGCUCACCUCGCCGGAGCUGUCAGUCGUUUCGCUCAGGCCUCCCCGGAGGGACUGCAGGCGCGCGCGCUCCCGUUCCGCAACAAGUAGUGACCCCACGAGGACAACGAGGUGCGGGCAUAACGGAUUACACGAAGCAGGCGGCACGAGCGGCACGGGCAGGACGCCGAUGAUGGAGGGUCCGUACGCGGAGCAGCAGGGCGUCCACCAGCAGGGCGGCCCGCCCGGCCUGGCCUGGGCGCCGCUCAACUGGACCGACGCCGUGCCCGUGGACUGCGACGCCACCGUGCCGACGUCCCCCGCAUUCCAGGUGGCCGUCUACCUCAUGUACUCGAGCGUGUUCGUCGUGGCGCUCGUGGGCAACGGCCUCGUCAUGUACUGCGUCGUGUCCUCGCCGCGCAUGCGCACCUCCACCAACUACUGGCUGCUGAACCUCGCCGUCGGCGACAUCCUCAUGACCCUGCUGUGCGUGCCCUUUAGCUUCGUGCCGACGCUCCUGCUGCAGUACUGGCCGUUCGGCGUCGAGCUCUGUCACCUGGUGUCCUUUUGCCAGACCGUGUCGGUGCUCGUGUCGGCCUACACGCUGGUGGCCAUCUCGGUGGACCGCUACCUCGCCAUCAUGUGGCCGCUCCGUCCGCGCCUCUCGGGCCGCCUCUCGCAGGGCGCCAUGCUGCUCGUGUGGGUGUUCGCCAUCCUGACCGCUCUGCCCAUCCCCAUGGUGACGCGCCUCACGCAGCCCGACAGCUGGCACGCGCACUGCGGCAAGUGGGUUUGCCUCGAGGACUGGCCCAGCCCGCUGUACCGGCAUUACUACACGCUGGCGCUCAUGUCGCUGCAGUACUUCGCGCCGCUCGCCGUGCUCCUCUACACCUACACGAGGAUCGCGGUCGUCAUCUGGGGGAAGCGCACACCGGGAGAGGCGGAGAACUUGCGGGACCAGCGGCUGGCGAAAGCCAAGCGAAAGGAGGCGGAGCGCUGUCCGGAGGAGAAAAAGGACGAUGGUCGUGAUGAGUUGUGGUGGGAGAGGGGAACACAAGCUGGAACUAGGGACAGAUAG